CCUUGAUGACUAACGACGACGGGCCUACGGACGAAUAUAUGACUUACGAACCAGUAAACGCAUCAAAGAGUAGUAAUAAAACCGGCAAGGAGAAAAGGAAUAUGUCUAUAGUGAAUGAUGAUAUUGUUAUGGAUCGAAGCUAUACUUCUAAGGGCAAUAAUGUAAAGACCAACCAUGAUGAAUAUAUUGUGAAUAAAUUUAAAGAGAUCAUUUUGAUAGAUGAAUUUGAAAAUAUUAGUCUUUUUGUUAUUCAUCUUACAGAUGUUGAUGAAGCCAGACAUUAUUAUGAAUUUAAUUCUGAGAAAUACUAUAAACAAUUAGAAAAAAUAGAUAAACAGAUCAGUGAAAUUUUAUCUAUUUUAGAUAGAAAAGGAUGGUUAAAAAAUUGUUUGUGGGUACUCACAACUAAUCAUGGUGGUGUUGGUACAAUGCAUGGUAAAGAUUCUGAUUUGGAGCAAAAU